GUGAGGGCGCUGUGACACUUUAUUGUCUCGAAGAACAUGGCGGAUAGGGUCACUCAACUGCAAGAUGCUGUAAAUCAGCUUGCAGAGCACUUUUGUAACAGCAUCGGCGUCCUCCAGCAAAGUGCAACUCCGGCGAAGUUCCCUGGCUUUGACAAGCAAGGUGUCAUCCAACAGCCAGAACCAGCCCAGCCACAGGAGGACUACACCCAGCUCUUUGCCCAGCUCAUCGCUCGCACGGCCAAAGACAUCGAUGUCCUGAUUGACUCCUUGCCCAGUGAAGAAUCCACGCCUGAACUUCAGCAAGCCUCCUUGAGGCAGUUGGAGACUGAGAACCAAGAGGCUGCCUCUAAACUUGCCGAGGUGGUAGAGAGAGGUGAGGCCCUACUGGUCAGAAUACAGGAGGCACUGGGGGACAUUGCGGAGGCGCAGCUACGAACCCAGAGUAACAGGAAAAACAAGCAAGAGAAGGAAGGACAAGUCAAGCGUGAAGAGGGUGACCCAGAGACGACGUGAUUGAUACGUGCUCGCAAAGAAA